GGGUGAUGAUUUGCUUACUUGGAGCAGGACUGAGUUUGGAGCGGGUACUGUGAAAUGUGUAACCAUGAUGUUGCCUGGGUAAUCAGCGGAGGACGUUAGGAGACAGAGCCACAGACCCUACAACCAGCUGAAGGCAAGGGAAGCAGGCAGGACAGCCACACCUCAUGCGCGGGCUCAGCAAAGGUCCGAGUGGAUACGGGUCAGACAAACAUGGGUGUGCUCCAGCUCCACAACCCCACUCACCCCAGCACUCUUCUGCAGCGGGCCAAUCAGAUGCGUCUGACCGGCACCUUAUGUGAUGUCAUCAUCACAGUGGACGGCCAGGAGUUCCCAGCUCACCGCACCGUCCUGGCCUGCACCAGCAAAAUGUUCGAGAUCUUGUUCCACCGCAGCAGCUUACGCUAUGCCCUGGACUUCCUGUCCCCCAAGACCUUCCAGCAGAUCCUAGAGUACGCCUACACUGCCUCGCUCCAGGCCACAGCUGAGGACCUGGAUGACCUGCUGUAUGCCGCUGAGAUCCUGGAGAUAGAGUACCUGGAGGAGCAGUGCCUGAAGGUGCUGGAGACCAUCCAGGCGGAGGAGACAGAGGAGGUGACAGUGAGGAACCACAGCUCCGGAGACCACAGUGACCACAGUCGGGCCAGGCACUGGAGGCACAUGUUGAUGUCCAAGAAGCAUUCCAUACAGGACGGACCCAACCGCAUCACUCCCACUGCUCUGCACCACCUGGCACUGUACCACAUGACGGAGGGGAGCUCUCCUGGCCCAGAGACUGAGGCAGCUCCUGAAUUGAGCCCCAAGGUGGACACGGAGGUCAACAUGGAAAGUUCCCAACAGCCUCAGCACCACAGUGAAGAGCUAUCCCAGGCUUCAUCCCUGACUCCUGGCAGAAGUAUAAAAUCAGAGAGCAUGCAGGUGGAUGAUGCCAACGGCUGCGAGGGCAGGUCCUCGAGCACCAGGGAGGGAAGCUGCAUGUCAGACCAGCCCAGAGACGAGGGCCCGGGGACGCCCCUCAGAAGCAGCGUGAUCACCAGUGCUCGAGAACUGCACACAAGCCCCGAAGACGGAGGACAAGUGGUGGGGAACUCUCUCGACUCUGUCCCGGGCAUCUCCGAGAAACAUCUGGCUUCCAUAUACUCUGUGCCCUCCAACCACACAGGGGAGGGGAUGCUGCCGGUGUCAGUUUCAGUGGCCCCGUCCCUGGGCGUGCCGCUGGACCCGAGGGCCUACAGUGGCCUGCUGCACCAAGGCUUGCUGCACAGGGAGCUCCUCAGCAGGCUGGGCCAGUUUGCAGCGGGGAUGAGGCAUGAGGGCCAGGCUCAAGGCCAGCAGUGUUGUGGCGAGUGUGGGCUUCAGCUGCACAGCAGGCAGGCCAUGGAGCAGCACAGGAGGCUGCAUAACGAGGAGAAAGGCCACGGCUGUGAAUACUGUGGCAAACACUUCCAGGACAGCAUGCGGCUAAGGAUGCACAUGCUGUCUCACACAGCUCCUGCAGAGGCGCUGGUGUGUGAUCAGUGUGGAGCAACAUUCUCCUCAGAGGAUGCUCUGGAAGCCCACAGGCAAACACACACAGGGACUGACAUGGCGGUGUUCUGUCUGCUGUGUGCAAAGCGCUUCCAGACCCAGAAGGCCCUGCAGCAGCACAUGGAGGUCCAUGCAGGCAUGCACAGCUACAUCUGUAGCCACUGUGAGCGCCCCUUCCCCAGCCACACUACCCUCAAAAGACACUUGCGCUCGCACACUGGCGAUCACCCGUUUGAGUGUGAAUUCUGCGGGAGCUGUUUCAGAGACGACGGCACGCUGAGGGGCCAUAAACGCAUCCACACAGGAGAGAAGCCUUACGAGUGCAACGGCUGUGGGAAGAGGUUCAGCCUCAAACACCAGCUAGAAACACACUACCGUGUACAUACAGGUGAGAAGCCAUUCGAGUGUAAGCUGUGUCACCAACGGUCCAGAGACUACUCAGCUAUGAUCAAGCACCUGCGCACUCACAACGGAGCGUCUCCGUACCAGUGCACCAUCUGCCAGGACUUCUGCCCGAGCCUGGCCGCCAUGCAGAAGCACAUGAAGGGCCACAAACCGGAGGAUGUGCCGGCGGACUGGAGGAUAGAAAAGACUUACCUGUACGUCUGUUACGUCUGAGCAGGACUUGGACCCCCACGCACACACACUGUCACUGUUGGGUGAAAAUCUCGUAACUCCAGUGUUGCUGUUUUUUCAUGCUGAAAGAUUACAUGUCUCUCUAUGGGUUUAAAAAAAAAAAAAAAGAAAAAAAAAAGUCAGACUCUUUUUGGAUAAACUGAAAAAAGCAUUGUGGGAAGUUGUCAUUCUGGGAGAUACAAGGUUUUUACCUGACAACAGAGACAUGCAAGCACGAAUACAAAUUUGUGGUCACACUAGGGCUGCAACUCGUGAUGAGUUUCAAUAUCAGUUAGAUUAUUUUUACUACUAAGUGAGAAAAUAUUAAGCCUGAAAAAUGUCAGAAAAGUUUUCACAUGUAGUUACAGCCAGUAACUAACAAUCCAGUCGGAAAAGAUUCAGUUUACAACGAUAUAAAACUGAGAAAAGCAGCAAAUUCUCACAUUUUAAGAAGCAAGAAACUAUGAAUAUUUAGCAUUUUGCCCCUGAAAAACAAGUAAAACCCUGUUUGCAUGGGACUAGUGUUACCUGAGGACCUCAUGUGACUGAGAAAUUACCCGUCUACAUCUGUGUUUCCUGCAGCACGUUCACACGGGAUAAGCAAAGUCUGUAUUUAACCUGAAUUUACCGACAUAAUCCCACAGUUAUGAUGCGCACUGUCAUUUGUAACUCCACUCUACACUACACAGAAACACCACACAGCACCAGUCGUGUUAAACUCCCUUUUUUGUAAUGUAGGUCAGACAAACCGAACCGAUACUGCCACACAUUGUCACAAGUCAUCCAUCUCAUCAUCUUUUCAGAUUUGGCUCUAAUGAUAGAUUUGAGCUUUCUUCAAACGGGUCUCCAUGCUGUAGCGAGAUGAGCCUGAUGCACCUAAAUGCCGUCAAAACUUCAUUUGUAACUGCCAACUCAGUCUCUGAAUUUUCAACCAGGAAAAAGGAAGAAACUAAGCAAGCAAACCUAAAUAUGACCCCAAAUCGCAUGGGAUUAAUAUUGUGUUUGGCAAAAUGUACAGUAUAUGGUAAUAUGGUAGGUAAUUUGCCAUUAUUACAUAUUACCAGAUGUCCCCCAGGUAAUGCUAGUCCCAUGCGAACAGGCCUUUAGUCCCAAAACUGUCGGCAAUAAGUUUCCCGCCGACUUAAGGUUUCAGCCCUAGUGCACACAAACACACACAGACACACUCUCUCCCUCCCUCACACAUACAGUUAUGAUAAUAACUGUGUCUCUAAUGGAAGCACUGUGGUUCAAAUCAAAGCCACAGCGGCUGCGACUGCUGACCUGUACGUGUCGUAGGAGCUUUUUGAUUGAUUGAUUGCUAAACCACCAAGCAACCCGAGUCAUCUUCUAUGAUUGUGCAGUAGAUGUUGAAAAUAAUUCCACGAAGGCUUGAUUGGCUGAACUCUGCAACAUUUUCUCUCCCCUAAAUUCCUGUGACUUUUUUUUUUUGUUCUGCUGUUGGAAUUUAUUUUGGAGUUUAUUUUCUGCAUGUUUUACUUGAAUGGCUGCCACGUUUUGACCUCAUAAGCUUGAUCUCUUUAAUUGCCUUGUCUUUCUUGCAGUGGGUGUUAUUGUUUCGAGGUAGCUGGCUUACAAUUUGAGUUUCUCUCGCAAUGUAAUAGGUUUUGCUAUUUAUAUGUUGUUUAUUUGUUACCAAAUAUGUGCUGGUUUUCAUCACACAGUCGGCGUCUCUUGGGAUGAUUUCUAGUAGAGCGAGCUCUACCUCUCCUCACUUUUAAACCUACUGCAAAUUAUUCAUUCAUCAGUAGUUUUAAUUUUCUAACAGAUACAUCAUAAUUUAAAUGGACAAGCAGUGUGUAAAAAAAAACAGCCUCAACAUGGCUUUUGUGUGUAGUUUUUUAUCAGUAACUAUAUAUAGAUGUCUUAUAAAAUCACAGAAUCAGAAUUUUCUAGGAGAAAAUUGAAGAAAACAUGAGAAGAAGUCGUUGAUUUUCCUUUCUUUCUUUCUUUCUUUUUUUUUUUUUUUUUACGAAACCUGAAAAGAAAAUUCUGACAUUGAAUCACUAUGAGCAGGUUAUUGUCAGUUGUAGUGUAGCUGUAAUGUACAAACUGUCAUGGUAUGUUAUUCCCUUAUGUGAGCCUAACACAGGCCUUAUAGAUUUAAACAUGUUGUAUUUUUGUAUUACAGUAAUUUGCUAUCUGUUUACAUUUGGUAUGAUUUGAGAAACAUCUUAAUGUGUGUUUUAUAAGUCUCUGAUAUGAUUAAGAUCCCUCCCUUGUGCCUCUUUUAUAAGUAGAGCAUUGAUGUGCUUGAGUACAUGGGUCUGUGCUAUUGGUAGUUGUUUCUGGGUGUUUGUUUAUUGUUACUUAAUUAAAGAUAGACUGCCAUGUAGAUCCACUUUGUCUGAACAUUGCAACUGGAAACAACAUACUGUGAUAGUGGCUGAUACUCUGAGACAAGCGUGUACUUUUUACAUCACAAUUGCUUGGAACUUGCAUCAAAUUGUUCCUUCAAAGUGACAAUGGACUGAGAUCUUUGGAUGAAAACAGUGUGAAUAGCAAAUCUUGGCGUCUGUGGGCAUUACCAAUGCCUUCUUAAGUAGCCAACAACACUCAGUGCCAUGAAAACACACAUUCACUGUAUCUAUUCUACAUGAACAUGCACUAUAAAUGGAUUUCCUUGGUGGACCAAAAGAAACAGAGCACUUUUGUUUGAAAAGGUUUUUCUUUGAUCUUUCUAUGUUGUGAUAAUGCAGAUGUCCUUUUAUUUGAUGUGUCCUAGAAGGAUGUGAUUAGCAUUGUUUAGAUUAUGUCAAUGUCUGUCUACCUCAGGGCCAGAUCAAAGCUCGACCUGGUAUCCAAUCAGGGUUGUUCUUCUUGCCAUGUGUGCAGUAAAAUCCCUCUUCAUUACAGCUUUGUAACACAGUGUGUGAAAGUGUUUUCUCAGUGUGGAUUCAGGCACAACUCUGUAUGCGUCAGUGUUCGGUGGCAUGGUUAAAAAAAAAAAGAAUAAAACAAUUUACUAUUUUA